UGCGCCAGGGAGCGGCUCCCCAACGAGCGAGGACUCGUCCGAAGAGCGCGAGCGCAGCGGACACCCGCGGAAGGGACACUUGACUUGUGACUCGGAGGCCGCUUGGCUUGUCCAACUUGGACAUUUCUCACGUCCACGGUCCAGCUGCUCUUUGUGGACAGAACCAUGGCGGACGUGGACAAGCUCAACAUCGACAGUGUCAUUCAGCGCCUUUUGGAAGUGAGGGGUUCGAAGCCCGGGAAGAACGUGCAGCUGCAGGAAGGCGAGAUCCGCGGCCUGUGCCUGAAGUCGCGCGAGAUCUUCCUUAGUCAGCCCAUCCUGCUGGAGCUGGAGGCACCACUCAAGAUCUGCGGUGACAUCCACGGUCAGUACUACGACCUCCUGCGGCUCUUCGAAUACGGCGGCUACCCACCCGAGAGCAACUACCUGUUCCUGGGUGACUACGUGGAUCGGGGCAAACAGUCUCUGGAGACCAUCUGCCUGCUGCUUGCCUACAAGAUCAAGUACCCCGAGAACUUCUUUCUGCUGAGGGGGAACCACGAGUGUGCAUCCAUCAACAGGAUAUACGGCUUCUAUGACGAGUGCAGAAGACGUUAUAGCGUGAAGCUGUGGAAGACCUUCACAGACUGCUUCAACUGCCUCCCAAUCGCAGCCAUUGUGGAUGAGAAGAUAUUCUGCUGCCACGGAGGCCUGUCUCCGGACCUCCAGUCUAUGGAGCAGAUCCGGCGGAUCAUGCGGCCCACGGACGUGCCGGACCAGGGCCUGCUGUGCGACCUGCUGUGGUCGGACCCGGACAAGGACGUGCUGGGCUGGGGCGAGAACGACCGUGGAGUCUCCUUCACCUUCGGGGCUGAGGUGGUGGCCAAGUUCCUCCACAAGCACGACCUGGACCUCAUCUGUCGGGCCCACCAGGUGGUGGAGGACGGCUAUGAGUUCUUCGCCAAGCGGCAGCUCGUGACCCUGUUCUCGGCGCCGAACUACUGCGGCGAGUUUGACAACGCGGGCGCCAUGAUGAGCGUGGACGAGACCCUCAUGUGCUCCUUCCAGAUCUUAAAACCGGCGGAGAAGAAGAAGCUGAACGCAACGCGACCCGCCACGCCGCCGCGGAGCAUGGUCAUGAAACAGCCCAAGAAGUAGAGCGGUGGACACGGGACGCCCGACGCCGACGUUGUUUCGUUUGCUUCUUUCGCGGUUUCACACACUUUUAAUGCAUCUUCAGCCACGUUUCUUACCUGUUCACACGGACAGGACCCCUACUCCACUGUUCCUGUGUUUCCUUCGUCGCGGAGCGACGGAUUAAAUUACUCUUUUACUAUGAUCAGCGAGCACCCGGUUACCAUGUUUUACCACAUUUCAAAGAACAUGUUUCACUUGUAACCAAUGAGGUCCAAAGAAUAUUUCAGAAACAUGUUUUAAACAACUAUUUUUCCCCAAUUUGAGUGCCUCUCAGCCUUAAAAACUACACUGGGGAGCAGGAAAAAAUUUUUCCGUGUCAUGCAAACAAAAACCAGCGACUCCCGUAGUACUUUUUACACUGAAUUCGAAUAUUGCUCAGAAUUUCCCUAUCAGAGAAGGUUUUUGAGUCACGCGCAAUUUUAUCCAGUUUUUUAUUGGCUUUAUUCGCAGCAAAGGGCCAAACAACAUACAGACAGAAAUGAGGGAAACGGUAAAUAUGUCCACAUACCUGGAGCAAGGGCUCAGGGUCAAAAGGUUACAUUAUAUCACAGGUAUGA